AAGUGAGACAGGAGAGUGGUGAUUUUCAGCCUCCCCACCCCCACUCCCCCAAGGGGGUGGGGGGGAAACGCGGUUAGCUUUCUGUUUGCAGUGACCUGGCCUCCGGUGUGACUUAUCAGCUCUUGGGCCAUUUGUCUCCAAAAGAAAAACAAACGGUGGAAUGCACUGCCCUGCAUGCUAAUCAAGUGGCUGAGCCAACCCACAGCUUAGGAGAAGGUUUGCCAAUGCGGAGAAUAAUGAUCUUCAGUUUCUGACCUCCUGGCACCGCGCGGUGUUUAUCAGGAGGUGCAUAUGACUGGUUAAGACACACAGCCUGGCUGGAAGGAAACAGCUGCUACUGGCAUACUCCACACUUGGCAGCUAGACAGGCCAAGCGCUGCUGUGAGGAAGACAAAAUUACCCCAGUUUUCCAGAGCCCUUAUCAUUUGAGUUGAAUGAACCAAUUCUUCAGUUUGCUUCUCCCAUGUCCUUCCCAGGGUUGACAACUGCCCUUGGCAUCUUUUCAGACCUGGAACUCUAUCUGUAUGAAAAUAGAUUAGCGUUCUUGAAGUAUAAUUAGGAAGGAACAUAGACUAUCAAAGGGUGAGGACCACCGGCUCAUACAGAUAUGGAGAUAAUCUGUCUGCUGCUGGAAAUGUCUCCAGAUUUUUGACAACGGCUAAAGAACCAUGGGGUCCAACGGCCUCGGGAAAGCAGCGACACUAGAUGAACUUCUCAGCACAUGCAUUGAGAUGUUUGAUGACAAUGGAGAAUUGAAUGACAGUUACUUGCCCAGAAUUGUGCUACUGAUGCACCGAUGGUAUUUAUCUUCCACUGAAUUGGCAGGAAAACUCCUCUGCAUGUAUCGGAAUGCCAGUGGAGAAAGCUCUGAUGAGUUCCGACUGAAGAUCUGCUAUUUCAUGAGGUACUGGAUUCUGAAAUUUCCUGCAGAGUUUAAUUUGGAUCUUGGUUUGAUUCACAUGACCGAGGAGUUCCGGGAAGUAGCUAGUCAACUAGGAUAUGAAAAACACAUCAACCUCAUGGACAUAUCCAGCGUUCCUUCCUAUGACUGGAUGAGGAGAGUCACACAGAGGAAAAAAGUAUCAAAAAAGGGGAAGGCUUGUCUCUUAUUUGACCAUCUGGAGCCCAUUGAAUUGGCUGAGCACCUCACUUUUCUGGAACAUAAAUCUUUUAGAAGGAUCUCAUUCACAGAUUAUCAGAGCUAUGUCAUCCAUGGCUGCCUGGAGAAUAACCCGACAUUGGAGAGAUCUAUUGCUUUAUUUAAUGGAAUCUCUAAGUGGGUCCAGUUGAUGGUUCUUAGCAAACCAAGUGCUCAACAAAGGGCAGAAGUCAUCACAAAGUUCAUCAAUGUAGCACAGAAACUCCUUCAACUAAAAAAUUUUAACACCUUGAUGGCUGUGGUUGGUGGCCUUAGUCACAGCUCCAUUUCCCGACUCAAAGACACCCAUUCUCACCUCUCUUCCGAAGUUACAAAGAACUGGAACGAAAUGACAGAGUUGGUCUCCUCCAAUGGCAAUUACUGCAAUUACCGCAAGGCCUUUGCCGACUGUGAUGGCUUCAAGAUCCCCAUCCUUGGCGUGCACUUGAAAGACUUGAUAGCGGUCCAUGUCAUUUUCCCAGACUGGAUGGAAGAGAACAAAGUGAACGUUGUGAAAAUGCACCAGCUUUCUGUUACCCUGAGUGAACUGGUCUCCCUGCAGAACGCCUCUCACCACUUGGAACCUAACAUGGAUCUGAUCAACCUACUCACCCUGUCUCUGGACCUCUACCACACAGAAGACGAUAUUUAUAAACUGUCACUGGUGCUGGAGCCUAGAAAUUCCAAAUCGCAGCCAACCUCCCCCACAACACCUAAUAAACCUGUGGUACCCCUGGAGUGGGCUUCAGAAGUGGUACCAAAGCCAGACCCCACAAUCAUCAACAAACACAUAAGGAAGUUGGUUGAGUCUGUGUUUCGAAACUACGAUCACGACCAUGAUGGCUACAUCUCCCAAGAGGACUUUGAGAGCAUAGCUGCCAAUUUUCCCUUCCUGGAUUCCUUCUGCGUGCUAGACAAAGAUCAGGAUGGCCUAAUUAGCAAAGACGAAAUGAUGGCUUAUUUCCUGAGAGCUAAAUCUCAGCUACACUGCAAAAUGGGACCAGGCUUUAUCCAUAAUUUUCAGGAGAUGAACUAUCUCAAACCGACCUUCUGCGAACACUGUGCGGGAUUUCUCUGGGGCAUAAUCAAACAAGGCUACAAAUGCAAAGACUGUGGAGCCAACUGUCACAAACAGUGCAAAGACCUCUUGGUUCUGGCCUGCAGGAGACGUGCCAGGGCACCCUCGGUGAGCAGCAGUCCCGGGUCAUUGCCUGGAAGCCCAGCCUUGGCCCCAGUGCAGGAUGAGGUAUUUGAGUUUCCUGGGGUCACUGCUGAACACCGAGACCUGGACAGCAGAGCCAUUACACUGGUUACAGGAUCUUCCCGUAAGAUCUCCGUGAGGCUGCAAAGAGCCACCACUAGUCAAGCCACCCAGACUGAACCUGUGUGGUCAGAGGCUGUCUGGGGAGACUCAGGGUCCCAUACUUUCCCCAAAAUGAAAUCCAAGUUCCAUGACAAAGCAGCAAAGGACAAAGGCUUUGCCAAGUGGGAAAAUGAGAAGCCCGCGGUACAAGCUGGUGUGGAUGUUGUAGAUCAAGGCACUGCAUUUGAACCUGACCAGGAUGACGGGCAAGAUGAAGCCAAGCAGGGUGGUGAGGAUGGCUGAGGACAAGCUGGGGAAACCAAAGACAGUCAAGUCGGCUUUGGGGAGGAGAGAGAAGAGGAACUCUGAAAGGCACUGUCCCUCUCAGAAGUGGUCUGGAAAAGAGAUUUGGAUAUGCUCACAGCCUCCAGUCAUCCUGGGAUCCCCAUAACUGGACUACAGGAUAGAAUUUACCCUGACUCUGAACUAUUUAUUUCCUGUACUCUGCUCCCUACUGAGGUGCCAUAAGAACUAGUUACGUAGUCAGCAGCUUCUCACAUCUCUCUAUAGCCAUUUGUACCCAGGGGAAUGAAAGCUUGGUGUAUGUGCACGUUACCCCUUCUCUAAAAUCAAGACUUAGCUCUUUUGGACAAUAUUAUUUUUAUAAAGUGUGUUGGUGCGUGUAGGGGCAUCUCAUAAGACGUUAAGUUUGAGUCCCUUUUGUGUGCCUUUUUGAUGGGACUAGGACCUGAAGCUUUACUAAAGGACAAAGACACUCUUUAGACCCUGGAAGGCAGUGAACCCUCUGCUGCUGAUUAGCUGUAAGGAGUGUUUACAGUGCCCUACCACACAGUGGCUGUGCUGUGUAGUGUGUGUGUGUCACCUAGGUCUUACCAAUUCUGCAUCACUAAGGGGAAUCAUAUUCCCAAAGCUCCUCUAAUACUCAUGCUAGAUAUGGUUAAAAAAUGCAUAUACCUGACCACCUAAUUGGAUUCCCCACUCUUUCUGAAGAUUCCCAAAAUAGAAUGCUAAUUAAGAAAUCAAAUCAAGUUCCGAGGGAUAAAAUUUGGUAGAAAAAUCCACUGAAUUACUAGGUUAAAAGAAAAACAACCAGUUUGGAAAGCUGAAAAUAAGACUAAGACUUUUAUUUUAGAUAAUUUCUGGAUGCAAAAAGUAACUUAAUUUCUUCCUAAUAAAUUCUCAUCCACAGUUAAAAAAUAUUCACUAAAAGAAAAACCACCAUAAACCUCAACUAUAGAUUGAUAGUCCAUUUACACCUUUAAAAUAUUAAUAAUCUAAAUGUCUUUGAAUGUGUAUCUUUUGAAAUAGAUUCAUGAUGCUCAGAAAUAGAGACACUGCCAGGCUGAUGUUUCAAUACCUAUAAUCUCUGCACUUGGGACAUGAGAUAGGAGGACUCUCAAGUCUGAGGUUAAUCUGGGCAACUUAGCAAGAAUCUAUCUAAAAAAACUGUAGGGGCUAGAGAGAUGGCUCAGCAGUUAAGAGCACUGACUGCUCUUUCAAAGGUCCUGAGUUCAAUUCCCAGCAACCACAUGGUGGCUCACA